AUGCCUCGUCGACCUCGUCCAACGACCCGGAAACCCCCCAUUCAUCUCGCCGGAGCGAGCCGUGGGCCGAGAACUGCAACCAAACCCCAUGGAAUUACGGGGAAUGUCAACGAAAUACGCAUUCACGCCGUAGAUUCUGUGAGCGAAAACGAGCCAGAAAGCGACUCUGCAGGGGAACACGAAGACCUGGACGAAGAUCCUGAGUCAUCAUUUGUCGAGGGAGGAGAAGAAGAAGAAGAAGACGUGGAUGUGGAUGGCCCUCGAGUCGCACAGUAUGUUGAUGAGGAAGACCUGGAGGAGGUAGGCGAGGAGAGCGAGCCCGAAGACGAUGAGCCCGAACAAGAGCCAGAUAAUCUCAAGAAUCUUCGCAACGACCUUUCUACGUUACCUCUAGGCGCAUUAAGGAAAGCACAACAGGCUCUCUUGCGCUCCAAGGUGUACGACGAUGAAGAUGAUGAGGACGGGGAGGGCCCAGGGUUGCCGUCAGGGGAAUACUCGAAUUCCGAACCCAAGGGAGAGACCUCCCACCAGGCCAAAGACCAAGAGAAAGAGAAGAAAGAGGUACCAAAGAGGAAGAAUAAACAUGCUCCUAUGGAGAUGUCUUCCAAACGUCCUGUACCCCGAAAGAGGCUAGACAUCCCGGUAAACAAACCCGUACCUCGUGACCCUCGCUUCCUACCUAUUACUGGGGAGUUUUCCCAAGACCGUUUCCGCACACAAUAUGGCUUCCUGUCCGAGAUGCAUGAGCAGGAGAUGAACACAUUGAAGGAAAACCUCAAGCGUGCACGCAAGAUGCUUGCAUCGUCUCCCAGGGCCUUGCGCGCCGAACGUGAAGCAGAAGUUCAACGGCUGGAGCGUGCAGUCAAGCGAGCGGAGAGUCUGGUCAACAGGGGCAAGCGCGAGCAGGUUGAGGCAUCGGUCCUUGCUAAGGCGCGGAAAGAGGAGAAGGAAAAACAGAAACAAGGAAAGAAGGCGUGGUUCAUGAAGAACGUCGACAAAAAAGAGCUGCUGACUCGCGCAAAAUUCGAAGUCCUUGCGGAACAAGGAGGUCGGGGAGCUGUGCGUAAAGCUAUCGAGAAAAAACAGAAAAAGACUAGUCAAAAGGAGAAGAAACGCAGACCAUACGCACCUGGAGAAAAGCGUCCUUCAAGGCCCUCGACCGAUGUGCGACCGAAUAAGCGGCAAAAGUUCUCAUAG